UUCACGCCAGAAUUUCAAGAUGUGAGAGGCUAAAAGACGUCCCAAGUACAUAAAACAGAACCUGCAAAUAAGAGUGAAUGACGAAUAGAAAGACCACCUCAACCUGUCCACCUCCCUACGGCCGCAGAAGUUAUGAUUCAAGGAAUAAUGAGACUCUAAAUCCUUUAAAAUUCUACAAGAGCAGCCUUUGCCAAACCCAGCGGGGAGUGGCUGCUCGGUGCCAGCGCGAGAAGCACGUAGACUGCCGAUGCCAGAGAAGCCUGGUGCGGGCUCCGUGCUUUCUCUCCGUUCCAAGAAGACCCCAGCUCGUCGCCAAAUCUUCUUGCCGCUUCCCGGUCUGCGCGCCUACGCUGCCGGUUUCCCGACAAAAGCGACGGCGCCCUGGGGAAAAGCAGACGCCCCUCAUCGGUUUGCGCCUUGCAGCUCAACUAUGCCCCAGCCUCCCACAAGCCACCUGCCCGCGCCCUCUGCCAGGCGUCCCGCCCGGACCUGCCCCAGCCGCCAAGGCGCACGUGAAGCUCCCGGGCGCGGGGAGCGCAAGGAGGCGGGAGUUUGCGGACGCGAACCCAGGCCUGAGAAGGGAAGCAAUUCCGGGGCGCACGCGCAGAGCCAGGAGACCGGGCGGGGCGUGCCUCCCGCAGAGGUUACGGAGGGAAGGCGAGCGCGUGGCGCUCAGGAGCCCGCGCACGCGCUGUAGUCUCGCCCCGCCCAUGAGCGUCCGCGCGGCCGUCGUAGCAUCUUUUCUUCAGAUCCGCCCGGCUCGUCUACUUAACCUAGCGGAGGCUUGGAGCGAGAGCAGGGAAGUGUGGGGCGAGGUGGGCGGGGCGUCGCACGCGUGCGCGGCCAGCGAAAGAAGGGAGGGGGCGGGAGAGAUCCGAGACAACGUUACCCCGUCAACACCCAAUCAGGAGCCGGUCUGACCCCGCCCCCUCUCCUCAAGUUAUUGGCUGGGAGGCCCCCAGAUGGGCGGGGCCGGCCGUGGGGUUGGGGAGGGCAGGGGGCGGGGAGGAGGAGGAAGGCGCUGGCGGGCAGUGAUGGCGGCUGGUGAUGGGGACGUGAAGCUAGGCACCUUGGGGAGUGGCAGCGAGAGCAGCAGCGACGGCGGCAGCGAGAGUCCAGGCGGCGCGGGAGCGGCAGCGGAAGGGGGAGGCUGGGCGGCGGCGGCGUUGGCGCUUCUGACGGGGGGCGGGGAGAUGCUGCUGAACGUGGCGCUGGUGGCGCUGGUGCUGCUGGGGGCCUACCGGCUGUGGGUGCGCUGGGGGCGGCGGGGUCUGGGGGCCGGGGCCGGGGCGGGCGAGGAGAGCCCCGCCGCCUCUCUGCCUCGCAUGAAGAAGCGGGACUUCAGCUUGGAGCAGCUGCGCCAGUACGACGGCUCCCGCAACCCGCGCAUCCUGCUCGCGGUCAAUGGGAAAGUCUUCGACGUGACCAAAGGCAGCAAGUUCUACGGCCCGGCGGGUCCAUAUGGAAUAUUUGCUGGUAGGGAUGCCUCCAGAGGACUGGCCACAUUUUGCCUAGAUAAAGAUGCACUUAGAGAUGAAUAUGAUGAUCUCUCAGAUUUGAAUGCAGUACAGAUGGAGAGUGUUCGAGAAUGGGAAAUGCAGUUUAAAGAAAAAUAUGAUUAUGUAGGCAGACUCCUAAAACCAGGAGAAGAACCAUCAGAAUAUACAGAUGAAGAAGAUACCAAGGAUCACAAUAAACAGGAUUGAACUUUGUAAACAACCAAAGUCAGGGGCCUUCAGAACUGCAAUUCUUACUCCCUUUCACAGAAUGUCCAGAGUCUUUGGGUUUGAUUCACCUGCUGCGAAAAACAUUCAACAAAUUGUGUACAAGAUAAAUUAAUCUCACUAUGAAGAUUUGAAUACUAGACAUUAUUUAUGCUGCCAAACUCAUUUGUUGCAGUUGUUUGUAAUGUCUAGUGGGGCUUCAUCAUCCUGAAAAGGAGGAGACAGGGAUUUUUUUUAAAGAGCAAGAAAGUCACAAUAUUACUUCUUUCCUUCCUUUUUUCCUUCUUUCUUCUUUUUCUUUCUUUUUAAAAUAUAUUGAAGACAACCAGAUAUGUAUUCGCUACUCAAGUGUACAGAUCUCAAGAAACAUCAAGGGACUCCUGUGUCACAUACUGUGUUUUUAUUUUACCACUGGUGAGGGAGGCGACCUGAUCAGGGGAGGUGGGGGUACACAUCAAUUUGAGUAGUUUAGGCUACUGAAACAUUAAAAUGUGAAUUCCCAAACUUUUCUUUUUGGCUUUGUCAGGGAAAAGAAAAAUGUCUGUAUAAAGAAAUCUUUGGAAAUUAGGAGAAGGAAUUUCAGGUGGGUUUAAGUCAGAGCUAGUUCCCCAACAGAAAGAUCAUUUGAAACCAGUUUUUAUCCCUUCUCUUUCCUUCCCUUUCCCUAAAUCAAAUCAAUAUUAAUUGUGCCUUAUUUCACUUAACAUAGACUUGAAUUAUUUUUAGGGAAAGCCCCUAUAAUGAAUUCAGAAAUCACUACAAGCAGCAUUAAGACUGAAGUUGGAAUAUUCUGUUGACCAUAAAACCUUGAUACCAUUCUGUGUAUAUAGAAUGUAAAAGGAAUAUUCAGUGUUAACUGCCAUAUAUGUAAUAUACACAAACUCAAUUAGCAUUGUAAUGGCCAAAUGCAUUCCCCUGUGCUUUUCUGUUUUCAAAAAAAUUGAAAAACAAAUCAACUCUUAUCCCCAACAGCUGCCUAAUUUUAGGAGUCUGACCCUCCACAUCUCACUGGUGUGGGUGCAUGGGGCUGUGGAGUGGAUGUCAGUAUGGAUGUGUCUGAAUGUGUGUGAGAGGCCUUGGAAGGGACUCUUUCUGCAGAUACUGUAAAUACAAGUACCAUUUUAAUAAAGCAUGUACAAUAAACCAAAAUAAGCUUGAGUUGGACUUUAUAUACAGAACUGUAAGCCAGUGCAUUAUGAUACAGUUGUAAGAUUAUGCAUUUGAUUCAAGAUAAGGAAAAAUCUUGGAAAUGAAAAGCAGGCACUGGUUAACCAAGUUGUACACAUUGUACCACAUUCAGCAUAACUUUAGGAAGAAAUUCCACUUUGUGGAACAUUCUCCAGAAAUCCAAGAUUAUUCAGGUAAGAAUUGGUAUAUUAAAUGUACAUCUUUUUACUUUCUAUUUUGAUGCCAACUGGUUAUACUAGAUGUAAUAGCACUCCAGGUAGUUACUGAACACAAAGUAAAAAAAUAUUGCACUGAUAGAUACUAAAUUAUUAUUUUAUUAGGUUGAAAAAGCCCUUACUAAAAGCCCCUCAUACAUCAAUUACUUUAUUUCAUUAUGACUACUUAGGUUCCAGGCUGGGGACAAGUUCACUUAAAAAGACAAUGUUAUUUAACAAGUCACCAGUUAAAAGACUUCUGCUUUGUAGAUAUAUGCAGAAGCCAUCAAACAAGGGGGAGCUUUUAACUGCAACAAUAAGCUAAAGUAUGUAAAAUACAUUCUAUUCAGUCUUGGAGUGUUUUGUAGAAAGUUAUCUUCAGUCAAAUCUUUGCUGAAGACUGGUUGUGGAGUGUUGGUAAAUGCUUUGUGUUUUUAUGUAAAAUAUUUUCUAAACAAAAAAUGUUAAAAGUACAUGUCCUCUGUAGUAAACUGAUAUCUAUAUAUAUGAAUCAUUCGAGCCUAAAGUCUAGUAAUAAAUUGUACUUGUGAAUAGAGAAACCUCAAAUAUUCAUGCAGUAAAAAUUAUGCGGUCUGUUAAGAAAAAUGAGUAAUUUGUGUUUUGGACUUGAAAUAAACAGUGUUCUGUAGAUAA